AUGCCGUUCAGCAAGAAGCCCGCCUUCGAUGACUUGCCGCUGGACAAGACGGGUCCGCCUGGCAAUGCAUGGGGGUUAUCCGGACCCAACGACCAGUGUGUUAUGUUGAACCUUCUCACCCCCGAUCGAACGUGUGCCGCCGUCAGCGAAAUCCGCGAUGGAAUUCGCAUUUCCACCGACUGGCCACUGGACCGGAUCACCACGCCCGCAUUCAAUCGGGUUCCAUUUACCCAGACCAUCUCAAACAUCGCCCCCACAUCUGUCAACGAUGACAUCCUGCACUUCAACACCCAGUCCAGCUCGCAGUGGGACGGUCUGCGGCAUUUUGGCUACCAGGAACAGCGACUGUAUUUCAACGGCCGUACCCUCGACGAAAUUCUGACUACGAAGAGAAGAAAUCGCUGGAGCGGAGGCCAACCAUGUCCCUGUGAAGCCUUUCACGACCCAGUCAAUCACAGUCGCCGUCCUGGAGAAAGUGGCCCAGGCCCAGAGCACAGAGUUGAAACCGGGCUGGGGAUGGGGUUAUGCCGCAUUAUCUCGAAAGAAAUUUCUGCGAUGGCGGACAUUUCCACGCCCCCAGCGAUCGGCAUCGAGUCAUCAGAGGCCACACUCCGGUGGCUCUGGGAGAAGGAAUUUGCUGCUGUCGCUAGUGACACCCCGAGCUUCGAGGCCUGGCCGUGCCAGGACUGCAAGUACUGGCUACAUGAGUGGCUGCUGGCCGUGUCAAAGAGGCAGCGCUGGUCAUUCUUUUUCACCAACGUUCCAUUAAAGGUGAGUUAUACUGCCGACUGUGAUCCGUUUAUUCCCGAUCUAUUGAUAAUCCGCUUCCUCGACUAG